CCUCCAUCUGAACCCUCACCUUUAUUAUACUCUACUCUGAUAAGAGAGUCGCAAACAGACAGUAGGCCAAAUCUCAGUGUCUCUCUCUUUCCCUCCUUUGGAAGGCCGUUUGGGAUCUAUCACACUGAUCUGGAACAUUAGCUACCAGCUAAAUACAUACUGGAUGACUUGUUCUGUUAUACAACCUGAGUAAGAACAGCCUGACAGGAAUACUGGGAUGAGAAAAGGAAGAAUCUAAAAGGUACACAUGAUUCACUGGGCCAAGGAAAACAUCAGCACAGGACAGGAACCAGGACUUUGGAGGCCUGUGACCGAGUGGAGGAAUAGCGGCGUCACACAGAAUGAGAACACAUUGAUUUACCUGAACUAGACAAUCAGGAAGACACAGAGAGGACUUAAGUGAUUGUGCUGAAAAAGUGGGUGAUUUUGGAACAGAGUGGUGAACUGAAGAGGAAGGUUGUGCAGCAGUCUGUUCUGGUUCCUUUGUUCAUAUAAAUCAGACUUUUGUUUUGGGCCUAGUGUGGCCUCCUGAAGCAGUGACCAGAACCAUGAAGCUGUCAGGGACCGUGCUGGAUCUGGACUCCGCAGACUACAGCACCACCCUUGACCCCUCCUACACCAUGCUGGAGUUUGACAACCUCAGGGUGUUUCCUGUAGAGACAGAGUUGAUGAUGCUGGAGCCUGCCCCUCUGCUGCUGCAGACCAAUGGGAGCGUGUGUUCCAUAUGUGCAGACAGGGCCACAGGUAAACACUACGGUGCGUCCAGCUGCGACGGCUGCAAGGGCUUCUUCAGGAGGAGCGUCAGGAAGAACCACGCCUACACCUGCAGGUUCAGCAGGCAAUGUGUUGUGGACAAAGACAAGAGGAACCAAUGCCGUUACUGCAGGCUUCGGAAAUGUUUCCGAGCAGGCAUGAGAAAGGAAGCCGUGCAGAACGAGCGGGACCGCAUCAGCAGCCGCAGAGGAGAGGGACAGGGGCUGGGCACCCUGUCCAUCAGUGUACUGCUACAGGCAGAGGCCAGCAUGUAUCAGUUUCCAGCCCUGACCUCCCCUAUGAGCUGUGACAUCAACACCAAGAAGAUAGCGCGCGUGGGGGACGUGUGUGAGUCCAUGAAGCAGCAGCUCCUCCUGCUGGUGCAGUGGGCCAAGCGCAUCCCCGAGUUCUGCAGCCUCCCCGUUGACGACAGGGUAUCCCUGUUACGAGCCCACUCUGCUGAACACCUCAUCCUAGGGGUGGCUCGACGCUCCCUACCUUACAAUGACAUUAUCCUUCUGGGUAAUUACUUUGUGAUCCCAGUGAGCGGUGCUGAGGUGGAGGUGUCCAGGGUGGCAGCCCGGAUCCUGGAGGAGCUGGUCAGGCCUCUGAGAGAGCUGGACAUCACUGACAGCGAGUUCGCCUGCCUCAAAACCAUAGUCUUCUUCGCUCCUGACUGCCCAGGGCUGGAGGCCCCUCAGAGAGUGCGGCGGCUGCGUUUCCAGGCCCAGGUGCUGCUGGACGAGGCCACUUGUGAGCAGCGGGGGCGUUUUGGGGAGCUGCUGCUGAUGCUGCCCCCCCUGCAGAGUGUGGCCUGGCAGAUGGUGGAGACCCUGCAGCUGGCCAGGCUCCUGGGGGAGCCCAGCGUGGACAGCCUGCUGCAGGAGAUGCUACUGGGAGAGGGGGCCACUGGGGGCCUGGGACAACGCACAGGGCACGGUUCUAACUCAAAUGUAAUGGCGUUCCCCCCACCCCAAGAUCACACCCUGUCUCAGGACCUACUAGGAGGCCAUGUUGGGUUGCCUAGCAACUUCACAUCAGUCAUCCUACCUGUCCCUAGCUCUCUGCCAGUGGUGCCUCUGGUGCCCACACAGACUGGCACUGAGGUGUACAGACAUGGGGAGGGGGCAGACAUGCCCAUAGAGUCUGCCCACGGCAUGCCCAUGGCUCCUGUCCACACCUGCCUCUGAGAAGCAGACCAAGCAGCAGCAGCUACUCAACCAGAGAGGAGAAAAACAGCUGUGUGGUGUAAACAUGCACACACAUCCAAUCCGGCCCGCGGUUGGUUUGAGUAAAAUGUUUUGUUUUUUUGGGGUGGGGGGACAAACUCAGAAUACUUUAAAUUGACUAAAACCAAAUUGAAACUGAGUAGGAAUGAUAAUGGACCUACAUUCAUACCUUUUCUUGACUGUGUCCAGCUCGCUAAUUAUCACUGAAAUGAAAGCUAGACAGUCAGGGAGCAUCAAACAUUUUUAAAACGUUUUUAUGUAUAUUUGAUGGCGAGGAAAUACAACACAUUUUCAGUACAGCCCUACGAACCUAGUUGAAGAGCAGAAUUCGGCCCCUGGGGCAAAAUGAGUUUGACACCCCUGACCAGGUGUUGGUGCAUCCAGGCCGUACUACUAUAUGAACACAACAUGAAGUAGAGGCUGUUACUUAGACACUAGUAACCCAAAGAUGGACUUUGACUCAGCCAGCCAAUCCUCUCUCUUAUCCACCUCUGCACAAUGCACACUGGGAAUAUGAUGCAUACAAUUAAUAAUUGAUCAGGAAUUGUUCUUUAUGUUAACCAUUCACUGACAAUUACAAUCAUCAAAUCAAUCAAGAUCACAGCUCAAUAGUAUGUUAUCUUUAUUAGAUCAUGGUUGGGUGAGUGAGUUGUGUUGGCAUGUUAAUGAAUGACAAUAGUGAUGUGGCCGUGGUGAAGUAAGAACCAUUUCAUGUUGUUUAUCAUCAGGAUCAAAGUCCAUGCAGAUGUUGGUACUGUUAAAUUCUUAAAGUUACUCGUAAAAG